AUGCUUGCAAUCCAGUCUGAUGAAGUCGAUUUCGGCGAGGAAGGCGAAGAACCAGGUAGUGGAAGUCAAAGCCCAACAGGAGGAGAAGGUGAACCAGCACCUGUCGGCUCCCAAGAACCACCAAUUGAGUUGUCAACGAAUCAUCCACAAAUACAGUUUGUACUGCAAUUUCAAGGAGAACCAACGGAAGACUUUCUAAAAAACCUGCAAGGAGUGGUAAAUUCGGCCAACAUGUUUCUGUGGGGUGCAAAGAAACGAGCGGCAGCUCAGACAGCUUCUUGGAAAGAUCUGGCCAAGCGAGUCACAACACUUCAAACAGAGGGAUUUGAUGUACUUGCUGGGUCUGAAGAAGCGAAAAAACUGAGAAUAGCGGAGUCACAAAAACACUUCAAACCUCCUCUCAUUGUUUUUAUAGAGAGUACCGAACCGAAGAAAAAGAAGAAAAAGAAGGCUACAGCUCUUGAUGUGCCUAACGCAUCUUCAAAUGAUAUCAUAAACGGUGUCUAG